AUGCGCGUUUGCCACUUGAAUCUAUUAGUGCUAAGUGUAGGACUUUGGGUCCUGCUGGCGGAGUCGGGUACCUCGGCGACGCCUCUCCCAGACCCAGAUCCCAUUCCGAGCCCCAAUCCCAGUCCCAGUUCAGGCCCGGAUCCCAAUGUGGAGCCCCAGGCGGAUGUACAGCAACUGACUUUGGCGGAUGUAAAUCAGGCAGCCGAGCAGCAGGAGAUGCCGGCUGUACGCCCGGCCAGGCAAUUUGGAUUCGGAAGGGGAGGCUUCGGCCGGGGCGGGUUCGGUCGAGGCGGCUUCGGAGGCGGCGGGCGCGGAUUUGGAAGACGAGGCUGCUGCGGCGGCGGUGGCUUUGGCAGGCCAGGUUUUGGACGUGGGGGAUUCAGAGGUGGCUUCGGCGGCUUCUACCCACCGCCACCUCCGCCACCACCGUUCGGCUUCUUCGGCUAAGUGUUAUUCAUUUAAUGUGCAUAUGUGAUACGAUCCGACCUUGAUUAGCCAGUGGCUGCUAAUAAAUCAACACGAGCUGUGCUCUAAUUACCCAACACGAGUGCUGAGAUAUUUUUGAAAAGGACAAG